AUGACCCUUAGCACGAUGUUCAUGGUAUGGAAGGGCACAAACGUGAUCACUGGAUCGGCAUAUCCCCUCAUGGUGGUUACAUCGGGCUCAAUGGAGCCAGCCUUCUACCGGGGUGAUCUGAUCUUUCUCUGGAAUCGCCAGGAGAGAAUCCGCGCGGGAGAUAUUCCCGUAGUGUGGUUCGAAGGCCGCGAGCUGCCGAUGGUGCACCGGGCUAUCCAAGUGUCUUACGAGGUCCUGAACGGGGAGAACAAUCUAAAGCAACACAUCUUGACUAAGGGCGAUAACAAUGCCCAUGACGACUCUAGCCUUUACCCCACGGGACAGAGGUUCGUGUAUCGGGAGAAUGUCGUUGGAUUAGUUCGAGGCUAUGUGCCCUAUGUUGGAUGGCUGAGCCUUCUCGUGAAGGAUACCCCGUUGAUUCCUGUUGGAUUGCUCAUUGCAGGGGUUGUCUUUUAG